AUGGUCGAUUCGGGAGCGUGGUGCAACGUCAUUGACCGGGAACUCUGGGAAGAUUUAAAAAACCAGAAAUUGAAAUGUAAAUCAUAUUUAACAACAAAGAGAGUUUAUGCAUAUGGUAGUGCAACACCGCUUACAGUUGCGCGUGGAUUUUUAACGCAAGUGUCGGUUGGGAACAAAUGCGUGGAUACAGAGUUUGUUGUUGUUGAGGAGCAUGGACAAGCCUUGCUAGGUAGACAGACUUCAAUUGACUUGGGAAUGUUGGUAAUAAAUAACCCUAGUAGUGUAAACAGUGUAAACGUGAGCAUUGAUAAGUCGUCCAUACAAACUAAAUUUCCAAAGUGUUUUGAUGGAUUGGGAAAACUAAAGGAUUAUCAAUUACACAUUGAUAUUGAUAAACAUAUUCAACCAGUUGUGCAAGGAUUACGACGUGUUCCGUAUAACUUACGUCAAAAACUUGAGAAGAAGAUCGAAGAAUUACUUUCCAUGGACAUUAUUGAAAAGGUGGAAGGUACAAGUAAAUGGGUGAGCCCUUUUGUGGUUGUACCAAAACCAAACGGAGAUGUAAGAUUGUGUGUGGACAUGAGACGAGCACACGAAGCAGUGAUAACGGAAAGAUACCCAAUUCCUACAACAGAGGAAAUUCUUCGGGGCUUAAAUAAGUCAACAGUGUUUUCAAAGCUGGACAUCUUCAUGGUGUACCAUCAAAUGGAGUUAGAUGAUUCGUCCAGAGAGAUAACUACAUUCAUGACACACAAAGGCAUGUACAGAUAUAAGAGACUGCUAUUUGGAAUAAGUUGUGCACCGGAAAUGUACGAUAAGGUGAUGGCACAGGUUCUGAGUGGACUCGAUGGUGUGAGCAACAUAUUUGAUGAUAUUGUAGUUCAUGGACAAAUGGAAGCAGAACAUAAUGUCCGUUUAGAAGCUUUGCUGAAGAGAUUGCAAGAUAAGGGUCUUACACUCAACUUUGAUAAAAUGAAAAUUAUCUAA